GUGACCGUGACUGAGGGCUGCACUGGGGCCGCGGUGCGACAGGAGCGAUGGGGGAGGAGGAGGCGGGGGUGCGGCCCGAGCUGGUGCGCGAGGCGGAGGUCAGCCUGCUGGAGUGCAAGGUGUGUUUCGAGAGGUUCGGCCACCGGCAGCAGCGGCGCCCACGCAACCUGCCCUGUGGCCACGUGGUCUGCCUGGCCUGCGUGGCCGCCCUUGCGCACCCGCGAUCGCUGGCCUUCGAAUGCCCCUUCUGCCGGCGGGCCUGCAGAGCCUGUGACACCAGCGACUGCCUGCCGGUGUUGCACCUUCUGGAGCUCCUGGGCUCCACGCUUCGCGCGUCCCCGGCUGCCCUCAAUGCCGCUCCCUGCGGGCCCAGGGUGCUCACCUGUCACCACGCCUUUGGCGGGUGGGGGACCCUGGUGAACCCCACGGGGCUUGCACUGUGUCCCAAGACCGGACGGGUCGUGGUCGUGCACGAUGGUAAGAGGAGGGUCAAGAUCUUUGACUCCGGAGGAGGAGGUGCACACCAGUUUGGAGAGAAGGGGGACGCAGCGCAUGACGUGAAGUACCCACAGGACGUCGCUGUCACCAACGACUGCCACGUGGUUAUCACCGACGCUGGCGACCGCUCCCUCAAAGUAUUUGAUUUCUUCGGCCAGAUCAAGCUGGUUGUGGGAAAGCAGUUUUCCCUGCCUUGGGGUGUGGAGAUCACCCCUCAGAACCAGGUCCUGAUGACUGACACAGAGGCAGGAACCUUGCACCUGCUGGAAGUGGACUUCCCUGAAGGGGUCCUUCGGAGGACUGAGAGAUUGCAGGCUCAACUCUGCAGUCCCCGUGGGGUGGCUGUGUCUUGGCUCACCGGGGCCAUCGCAGUCAUAGAGCACCCCUGGGCCUUGGGGACAUCAGGCAACAAUACACGGGUGAAGGUGUUCAGCGCCACUAUGCAGCUGAUUGGCCAGGUGGACAGCUUCGGACUGAACCUCCUCUUUCCCUCUAAAAUAACUGUCUCAGCUGUGACCUUCGAUCCCCAGGGAAAUGUGAUUGUCGCAGAUACCUCCGGACCAGCCAUCAUAUGCUUGGGGAGACCUGAGGCGUUUCCGGCCCUGAAGCCCAUGAUCACACACGAACUUUCUCGUCCUGUGGCACUGACCUUCACCAAGGAGAAUUCUCUUCUUGUGCUGGAUUCGGCUUCCCACUCUGUAAAAGUCUUUAAAGUGCUCGAGGGUAAUGGAGGGUGAUGGGGACCCGCGGUCCUGGAGUUAGAAGUCCUGGUGUCCUUAGGCGUGAAUUGCACCCUGCAUGAGUCACUGCCCCUCGUCCAUCCUGGCAGGAAUAAUGGGACCUGCCUGGCCGAAGUGCUGGGUGUGAGACAGUUAUUGAAGACUAAUAAUUAAAUUUGUCAUUUAGUGAACGUCUGUACCCCCUGUUAAGAAAUGAGCAAGUCUUAGCUCGUGGGCUCCUUAACACGAAGAGAUGUGAUUUUUGUUAUUAGUCCCAUUUCAGAGAUGAGAAGGCAGAUCCAGAGAAUUUCGUAUGAUGUCCUCGAGUCGUUUGUACUGGGACAGUCACAACUGAACUCAUUCUGACUGCAAACCCCUUGCUCUUAAAUAUGAUGCCAGAUGUUAAAAAAAUGUGAGUAUGUCCUAUGUAUGUUCCCCCUACACGUAGCUAACUGGUUAAGUGCACCAAGAACCAAAAGAAAGGGGUCUCCGUGGAGUUUUCAGGAGGAAAAGGAUUGUGUUUGGGUGUCAGUCACCUUUAUCUGGGAGCUUCCCCAAUGGCAGAGUAGACAGAUUAUUACUGAUCCCAAGACUUGAAUAAGAAACACAGUUGAAGUCUUGCUUAUAAGGCAAAUGCAGUCUAGUUGCUCUCCAUAAAACCCUGGGAGGAGACUGUGCGCCUCCUCUACGGAUCCUGUCUGGAGUCUAGUUGGUAGUGUGUGCCAGAAAUCCCAGCUUGAGAAGAUGUGGAGCUCAAUGCCAUCCACAGCCACCGAGUUUGAGGGUAGCCUGGGCUACAUGACAUUCUGUCCUUUUUCGAUAGGUGCCAGUGUUUCCUCCUCCACAGGCACUGGGUACAUCCCUGAGUGAUGUUUGAGCAAAGCCUCCAGAGCCACUGCCUGCUAGUGGCAUGGACAGCUGAGACUCUUCUGUUAAUUAGGAGAUGCCCUCCCAGCACGUUCAUGGCAGGAAUGGUUUCGUUUGCUGUGUGGUCCUCUCUGCCGCCUAAAGUCCUUUGUGAUGGGAGUUUUCUCUGUGCGCUUUAAAAUGUGGUUCUGACGCUGUCUGCUCAAUAAACAGUUGCCUCGUCCUUUUUGAGCACUGAAGCAUGACCUUGGCCCAUGCAAGGGCUCCUUAAUGCUGCAAUUAAGGAAAGGAGUAGGAGGAAAUUUGGGUGAAGUGUUGAUCCUCUGUAUGCUUUAUUAUUUUUUUUUAAGCAAGUGCAAAAAUCUUUGAGUUGAAAUGAUACCGAAUAACUUAAAGCUCUGAAGCAGCAGGGAAAUGUUUUCUGGGGGCUGCUCUCAAAAGGUGACGGUUUGCUUUAGAUAGUAAUGGAUACCUUGUCAGCAAAAACGGUAUUCUUUUAGCCAAAGAGGCUGUUUGCUUCUGAGACAAGGUCUUGUAUGUCCUAGACUGGCCUUGGACUUGCUCUGUAGCGAAGGAUGACCUUCAACUUCGGAUCCUCCUGUGUCCACCUCCCAAAUGCCGGAUGACAGGCUUGCACUGAAAGGCCUGGGGAGGUAGAGAGAACCCAGGGCUUCUACCUGCUAAGCAAGCCCCUCUACCCACUGAAUUACAAAGAGUUUUAAGAGAGAUAUUGUAUCCACUGAAGGUCACCCCGAAGGUAUGAGUGAGAUAUCUUCCAAAAGACAUGAAAGCUGACAUUAGGAGCCCAAAAUGAAAGCCCAGCUCCCAUGCCAGUCCAUAAAAAUUCAUGUUGCUUUUAUUUAAAAGUUAUUACACUUAUUUACUCAGUGUGUGGGUGUGCAUGCCAUCCUGUGUGUGGAGAUCAGCAGACAGCUUGAGUGAGUCUGUUCCUUUCUGCCAUCUUCUGGGACCUGGGGAUUGAACUCAGGUCAUUGGCCUUGGUGGCAAGCACCUUUACUCCCAACUCAUCCUCCUCUCCCAUCCCCGCCCCCACUGCUGCUUUCCCUGCUCCCAUCACAUAGCACCGACAGUAGCAUCUUGGGUAUCCCACAGCACCGUCGGUCCUCUAGUGGGAACUCCAGUGGUUGAUUUCUCCCCGUCACUUGUCCUUCAGCUGGAUAUGGUGGCACAUACCGAUCGAUAAUCCUAGCACUUAGUUUUCUGAGGCCAGCUUGGGCCACAUCGUCAGAUCCUGCCUCAAACAAACAAGACUAAAUAAAUCCUCACCGGUGGACGAGUGACUUCACAGCUAUUUUGAAGGUAGAACAGCAAAACUCCUAGAGGGAAAUAUGAGUUCACUGGCGAGGAGGGCAACUGUGGAUUGGUCUUAUAAUGUUUUCCUUCCGAACCACGGCAUUUCGACGACGUUAGUGUUCAUUGACCCAAUUCAAAAGAUUUUUUUUUUAAAGAAAAAUUAUCAGUCACAUUUUUUAGCCUACGCUCUAUGGUGUAUCUUUAAGGGAGCAUAUCCAGCACCCAGGGUGGUUGUGAGGAGUGGCUUGUCACCAGGUGGAGAGUCAGCUGUGGGUUUGAACACCGGGCCAGCGUACCCUGGAGAUGUGAUGACUGUAACUGGUGCACUUGGUAACAGCUUGUCUUCCUUGGGAAUAGGGUGGGUCAGGGUACACACCAAGAAGCAUCUAGGGCAGCUCUUCCUGCGAGUCAGUGUGAUACGGAGCAGUUUGUCUGUUCUGCGUCUCCAAGGGUCCUCAGCUGAGGGACUCAUGUCAUCAAUUUGUGACGUGGAUCUAAAUUUUGUCUUCUGUGCCAAGUUCUUUAAAGCACACUGAACUCCAGGUGGCUAAAGGUGUUGAGGAGUCCUCAGAUAAUCAAGAAGAAAUGGUUCCGGCAGACCACACAGGGUGCCAGCGUGAUGGGGGAGAGAUGGAAUGGGACAAGAACAUAUGACCAGGAGUAAAGAACAAGAGAAAUGAAUUCUUCCAGGACACCAGUGAUGGCCAUCUAGUGACCGCAGAAGCAAACACAGUGCCUGCUUCAGCUCUCUGUCACCUUCCACCUCUUCCCCUCGGGCAUUGUCGGCUGAUUUUGACCUCACUCUGCUCGCUUGCUAGACCUGGCUUUCCCCAUCGUUUGCCUUUGGCAUUUUCUAAGAAUUGUUUAAUCUUGACUCUCUCCUGCAGCCGCCCUAGCUUUGGUGCCGAGGGCUGAAACCAUCAAACUUGGUAGGUCCUUGUUUAGACCUCUCAGGGUUCCACUUGGAGGGGGUGCAGACCCCUCUGGAGAUUAGCUAAAUGAACCUUUGAGGAAUAAGUGUAAUUCCAUAUAUAUCAGAAAAAUGAGCAAGAACCGCUGAUGGUCACAGAUUUAAUGUUCCUUACGCUUGGCCCAGACAAAAGAAAUACACCCUGGGGACAAGCCAGAUCACAGUGAGAAGGCUCUAGGCAGAGAAAAAAAAACCCACUAGAGUACUUGCGUGAGGAUGCAUUUGUUGUGGGAUAAUCUUUUUUGUACACUUUGAAGAUGCAUCUGCCUAAAGCAGGUUGGUUUAAUAAAGUGCUGAAUGGCCAAUAGCUAGGCAGGAUUAAAUAGGUGGGACUUCUAGGGGGAGAGAAGGGAACUCAGGAAGAAUCUGAGGUGCAUUGAAUUAAGCAAGCAAGAUGCAGAGCAAGUGGGACCUAUGGUAUAGAUGAGAGGUAAUGAGCCAUGUAGCAGAAUGUAGAUUAAUGUAAAUGGGUUAGUUUAGGUUAUAAGAGCUAGUUGGGAACAAGCCUAAGCUAAGGCCAAACAUUCAUAAUUAAUAAGAA